AUGCCGACUAUGCACGAGAGAAUCCGGGCGGAUCUCCUCCAUAAAGAACGCUCACUUUGGACAGCACUUACAUCGGCUGAUCCAGCGCCCGCCGUGAAGAAACUGAGCAACCAAGAAGUCAACCUGAUGUUCCCGAAAAUGCACACUCUCACACUCGAAGACGAAGAAGCUUUCGACGAGGGCUUGAAGCCACCGUUCCAUCGGUUUGAUGGGUAUCAACUGGAUGAUGUGAGGACAAUUGUUAUAGAUCUUAUGGCUGGGGCAGUGACGUAUAAGGUCCGCGCUGUUCGAGGGAAUCAAGAGUAUCGGGCAACAGGCUCAACUACAUGGAAUCAAGCUUCUGAUGGUGAAUGGCGAAUUGUUGCUCAUCAAGAGACACUCCUCUAG